CGAAUCACAAAGCGGCGGAGUAUUGAAAGAGGCACACCUUCUUUUCAGGAAGAGAACUGUGGUUUUGGGCAUUUCAAUUCUGUACAACCAAGGCAUUUGCUGCCCACUCUCAUAGAUCUUACCACGGCAGCAAAAUUCUUUCGAUGACAUCCACAAACCCAGGCUCCCUCUUUGCGCUGGGUGGCACAGCAGCUGCAACACAGCCAGCAAGGUUGUUCCAAAACAACACUUCUAGCACUUUGGGCAACACGUCCACAACACAAACGCCAUUAGGGGGAUCCUUGCUCGCAACGCAACUCCAGGCCCAGCAGCAACCGAUACAGAGUUCGUCAUUCGGACAGAAUUCAAUGCAGCCCAGUGCAGCACAGCCGGCACAUGUAUCUAGUCAGACGCAACCCGCUUAUUUUAACAGCCUACUAGAGCGCGGGAAGAAGAGGCCUCUUUCGGCAACCGGUCUUAAUAGCACUUUCGACAGUUUGCCCACAUUGCAGUUGGGCCUUGAUGAUAUCCGCAAGAAAGCGCGAGAGCUUGGUACUAAAGAAUCGAAAAUACAGCAAAAAUAUGCAGCGCAUAGCAAGGCUCACUAUAUGCUGGCUGCAUCAGGGGUCUCACCUGGCCACGCACUAAGAGACCUGAAAGCUCUAGACCCGCAGGUGUCAUUGUCGGUCGCUACAAAAGAACAGGAGUCUUUCGAUCCUGAUAAUCAGAAAUACCUAAGGAACCUGCAGCAACGCGGUCGUCAAGUCAUGAUAGCCGAAAGCCUUGCCCGCACUCAAAGAGACUUUGAUCUAUUUUUGGAAGAAAGACUUGAUCUGGAUUGGGAAGAACAACGACGGAAGAUAUUUCAACACUUCGGUUUGACCCAUAAAGACGACAAUGCUAAGCAGGGAAAAAGUGUGUUUGGUCGCUCAGUAAAUCGGACACAGCAGUUUGAUGCAGCGUCUGCUCGUGGCCCUGCAUCGGCAUCGCGUAGGAGUGUCUUUGGACGCUCUGGCUUGGAGAAAUCUGUUAUUGGACUGCCUGAAACCGGAGCCGCCGGUCUGCAAAUACUUGAUGAUUCCACGGAGCGCACCGACGGCCCGGGUAGUCACCCUUCCGACUCUCGAUUCUUGAGGGAGAAAAUGGGAUAUUACUCCGACAAGGUGCAGCUGUUGAACUUGGCCAGACUUCAAUCUCGGACAUUCCCGGUAUUACAUGAGUUUUCUGAGGUUGAAGGGCAUGCAGGUGGCGACGUCCCAAGGCAGUUGUAUGACGCCUACAGAGCCUUGAUCAACAUCGUCGGGGAGGCACCUGAGGCAACAAAUGUUUCAGAUCCUUCCGCUUUGAGGGAGCGGCAAUUCUCCUCAGACUACUUGGACGAAACACCGACCUCGCGCAAAGCGACUAAUUUAAGGAACCGGAUUGUUGAGGGCUCACGUACAUUCCUCGAAAAGCAAUUUUACACGGAACUAGAGAGUAAAAUCGCAAAAAACCCCCGAGAAGCACAACUCGGUGGUAUUCCAACGGUAAUCAACAAAGUUCGUGCUUAUGUCAGGCUCAGGGCUGCAAGAAGAGAUCUCGCCCCGGACGGCACCGAACUGCAGAUGGUCGGCGAGGAUUAUUGCUGGAUUCUUAUAUUCUAUCUCCUUCGCUGUGGAUUCGUAAUGGAAGCAGCUGAAUACGUCAGUCAAGAUCCAGGCUUUCGCUCCUUGGAUCACAAAUUCGUCACAUACAUGACAACCUAUGCUCAGACCAGGCGCUUGCCGCGUGAGCUUCAACAGAAGAUCAACGGAGAGUAUCAGCAACGGUCACGGAAUGCGCCUGAUAAUACGGUCGACCCUUACCGCAUGGCAUGCUACAAGAUAAUUGGCCGCUGUGAACUCAGCUGUAAACACUUAGAUGGCAUCAACCAAAGCGUGGAUGAUUGGACGUGGCUGCAAUUCACCCUGGCCAGAGAGGAUGACCGCGCGGAAGAAGUCGCAGGCGAUGUAUUCGGGCUUGAAGACAUUCAAAGUGACAUCGCAGGCAUCGGCCAGACAAUUUUCGGCAAAUCCCAAGAUAGCCCAGGGGGUUACGGAACCUUUUUUCUCUUGCAGAUUUUAGGAGGCAUGUUUGAGCACGCUAUCACUUAUCUUGCUACCUAUGCUCCCGUCAGCGCAGUACAUUUUGCCAUUGCUCUCGCGUAUUAUGGCCUGCUACGCGUGUCCGACUUCUAUACUUCGGGCGAAGGAUUGUUGUCCUUCACUGUGAAACAAUACUCACAGGUCAAUUUCGCCUCCCUCAUUACACAGUACACUAAGCAGUUUCGCACAGCCAACGUUGAGGCAGCAAUAGAUUACUUUUCUCUGCUGUGCCUCAAUGCUGACUUGCCCGGAUCCCUAGGUAAAUCUCAAGCAGCCGUGUGUCACGAGGCUCUGCGAGAGUACAUUCUGGAAACCAGAGAUUUUGCCAAGCUGUUGGGUGACGUGCGCUGUGAUGGAAGCAGAAUUAAAGGCUUGAUCGAGCAGCGAAUUAGUCUGAUCAAACUCGUCGACCAAGAGGAGUUCCUGAAGACAAUCACCGUUCAAGCGGCGGCUAUUGCCGAUGACAAAGGACUGAUCACCGAUGCAGUUCUCCUAUAUCAUCUCGCCGAGGACUACGAUCGUGUCAUCGACAUUAUAAACCGAGCUCUUUCCGACGCUGUCGCUGUAGACUUGGGAGGACCAGUGCUGAAGUUGCAACCACUGAGACCUCGGGCUGAUUUGCGGAGUGACAAUCACGGUCCGAGGCAGGGAGCAUUGCUCGAACCCGGGAGUAGCCUCAGUCUCACCGCUGUGGAAGACCCAGUGAUCCUAGCCAAAAAUAUGAUUGGCCUGUACAAUGCCAAUGCCUUAUAUUAUCAACAAAUCCGCCAAGUCAAUCGUGACUCGUGCGGGUUGCUACUUCGCAUGAUGGAGGCGAAGGCAGAAGUCGAAGCAGGGAGAUGGACGCCUGCCCUUGAUGCCAUCAAUGACCUGAACUUGCUUCCUUUACGGGCAAGAGGUUCUGUUUCCUUCAUCCGCGGUGCUGCCCAAGCUUUUUCGUCCUUCCCCGCCAUAAUAUCUCAUAACAUUGGCCAUGUCAUCAUGUGGAGUAUAACUUGCAUAGGCCACGAACGUGACCGUCUCGGCUCCAGUGUGUAUGAGAAUGAGAUCAGACAGGGACUGGCUGGUGAGCUGCUAGUUAUGGCCAAAGACCUAAUGGUUUUCUCGGGGAUGGUAAAAUAUAAACUGCCGCCUAAAGUGUACGAAACACUUGCGCGCGCUGGAGCGGAGAUUGGAGCAUAUUGAAGAGAUACCACUCUCAUCAUGUAAUUGCUCAGUCCACCAUUUCUUUGCUCUUGGUGACUUUGCCGGCGGCCCAUUCACGUAGUUGUCUGCAGAUAGAAAGAGACUUCGAAAAUCACAUUGGCGGCUUACAUUGUGUGGCCGCACCUAUGUCUG